AUGGCGGCGACGGCGGGCGGGGAGCCGGGCGAACCGAACCCCGAGGAGUUCGUGUACAGUGAGGAGGACUUCGUGCUGCAGGCAGCCGGCUGGGGCGACCCGGACUCCGCGCCCUCCCGGUUCGACCGGGUGCUGCUGGCGGGCUGGAGCGACCGUAUGGAGCGGGGACUGUUCCGGUACCGGCUGGGACCGCUGCCCACGCGGGUCCUGCCCGGCGCCCUGCGCCUCGUGGCGCAGCUGAACGAGCAACGCAGCGCGGAGCGCCGCCCGCCGCAGCCCGUCCGCAGCCUCCGCGACCCCUUCGACCCCGCCGCCUUCAACUUCACCCGGCUGCGCCCCGCCGAGCUGCUGUUCCGCCUGCGCCGCGCCGGCGGCCCGGGACCGCCACCGGAGCCGCUGCUGGUGGCCAUCAACGCCAGCCCGCUGGAGCGGGGACACGUGCUGCUGCUGCCGGAGCCGGCGCAGCGGCUGCCUCAGGCGCUGACGGCCCCGGCGCUGCGCGGGGCGCUGGAGGCGGCGCUGCUCAGCGCCCACCCCGGCUUCCGCGUGGGCUUCAACGGGCUGGGCGGCGGCGCCUCGGUGAACCACCUGCACCUGCACGGGCUCUACCUGGACCGCCCGCUGCCGCUGGAGGAGGCGCCGGCCGAGCUGCUGGGGCCGCGCCUGGCGCUGCUCCGCGCCGGACCGGCCCCCGCCUUCCUCUUCUUCGCCCCCGACCCUGCGGCGCUGGAGCCGGUGUCGCGGGCCGUAUGCCGGGCGGCGGAGCACCUCGGCGGUGCCGGGCUGGCCUGCAACGUGCUGGCUACGCGGGGCGACCCGCCGGCGGGGCCCGGGGCCGGGGGCGGCCGCGGGCUGCGGGUGCUGCUGUGGGCGCGCCGGCCCCUCUUCGGCCCCAAGGCAGGGGAGCCCUUCGCCGUGGCGUUGUGCGAGCUGGCGGGGCUGCUCCCGCUGCCCGCCGAGCCGCUCUACCGGAACAUCACCGAGGAACAGGCCCUGAGCGCCAUCCGCCAGCACCUGCUGCCCGAGCCCGAACUGCUGCACCUGGGCGGGGAGCUGGCGCGGCUGCUGGAGCGCUGAGCCGUGGUGGCACGGACAGCGGCCGGAGCGCGGAGCCGGUGGCACGGGCGGCGGCCGGCCCGCUGCAGGGCUAAGCGCACCGUGAGCGGUAGGGGGCGCUGCGAGUGGAGGACACGGAAGUGACUGUCACGUGACCGCGCGAGGCCGCUCUGGCCACGGUGCCCGGCUCUGUGGUGCGGUCGCCAUGGGAACGCGGCGGAGCCGGGAGCGGUGCGAUGGCGGCGGCGGGCGGCGGCGGCCGGGGCAGCGUGGGCCUGGGCCCGUCCCCGGAAACCCCUCCGAGCGAGGAGGCGCCCAUCGCCGCGGCCCCCCCGGGCCGCCCCGCUGCUCCCGCCGGACCUGAGCCGCGGAGGAAGCGCAGGCGAGUGUGGGGCCGCAGCCCCCGGCAGGGUCCGGCCGGAGCCCGUCCGGCCACUCCCGGCGUCGCCUCCCGCUGCCUCACUGGCGCUCGGUCCCGGCCCCAGCCCAGCCGUGGUACAGUGCCCAGGCGGUGCCCGGCGCUCCCCAGCCCCCGGGAGCCGGUGCGGGGUCCCGCUGACCCAAAAUAAAUAGUGUUCCCUGGCAGUGCCCCAAGGAUCCCCCUGUGUGACACAGCCAGGCACGCUCCGUGCCCAGGAGCAGCCUGCCCGCCUCCUCAGGGCCGUAGGGAACCGGGCUGGCUCGGUCAGCCUGCCCGGUGUGCUCUGUGUGUGUGGGGCAUCGGGGCUGUGUCCCCACUCCGUCCCCUGCCCGGUGCCUCGCUGAGAUACUGUCAUCUCGUCUCUAUUCCAGUGUCCCCUCCAUCAACCUGAGCGGCUGCAAGUACGACAGUGGUAAGUCAGAGGGGAGGGGACCCGCAGGCUCCCCAGGUGCUGCCCAGCCAGGAGCACUGCUGGCACCCAGUUCCCACUGGUUUAUUUACUGCUGCCAGACCUCGAGGGCCCUCGAGUUAGUGGGGAAUUUGUCACACUUUGGACUGAGAUUUCUCUCGAUUAAAAAUGUGCAACAGCAGCACGAGCCCUCAACAACCCCCA